AUAUAUAAAAUUUUCUCCCUUUCGUCUUUCUCCUUCUGUGUAUAAGCCAACGCCUUCAAAAGCAAUUGUAUCUUUUGCUUCAUUAAGCAAAGAUUGGUAGAAGAUAACACAGAGACAAAGAUACACUUCAUAUUCUUUGCCUCUUUUACCAUUUAUUUCUCGUUUCAGCUGAAUCUUAUUUGUUUCGUCGUGGUUAUGGGGAGGGGUAGGGUUCAGCUCAAGAGAAUAGAGAACAAGAUCAAUAGACAAGUCACGUUUUCGAAGCGGAGGUCGGGGUUGUUGAAGAAGGCUCAUGAGAUCUCCGUGCUUUGCGAUGCUGAAGUCGCGUUGAUCGUCUUCUCCACCAAGGGAAAACUCUUCGAAUACUCCACUGAUUCCUGCAUGGAAAGGAUCCUUGAAAGGUAUGAGAGGUAUUCCUACUCUGAGAGGCAGCUUCAAACGAAUGAUGUAAACAAUCCGGGAAGCUGGACUCUUGAAUAUGCAAAGUUGAAAGCUAGGGUGGAGAUUUUACAAAGAAAUCAAAGCCACUUCAUGGGACAAGAGCUGGACUCUCUAAGUCUCAAAGAGCUUCAAAGUUUGGAGCACCAGCUUGAUUCUGCUCUUAAGCACAUACGCUCCAGAAAGAAUCAACUCAUGUUUGAAUCCAUCUCGGAUCUUCAGAAAAAGGACAAGUUACUCCAGGAGCAAAACAACUUACUCACAAAGAAGGUGAAGGAGAAGGAGAAGGAGAAGAACUUAGUCGAACAGGCACAAUUUAGUCAGCAAAAUGAAGGCCUCAACUCACCCUCUGACCUCCUAAUUCAGCCAUUUAACCACAGUGGCACAUACCAAGUAGGAGGGGUCAAUGGAGGAGAAGAAAAUGAGACUCCACCAUAUCGAGUGAAUGCAGUAUUGCCCCCAUGGAUGCUUCCUCCACCCUAAUGAAUGAAGAAAUAAUCAGCAAAGAAAAGGUAUUGUCUUUAGCAUCUAUAAGUAAUGGUGAUGUAAAAAGGGUUGAAGAAAUUUGGGCAUCAAAGGGGUCUUUCUGUGUCCCUACAUGCAGUAAUAUUUAAUAAAUUCAGGACAGAAUCAAAUGCAGAACCUAAUAACAGUAUAUUAACCUCUGUUAAUGUAAUAAUUUUGUCAGUA